ACUCUCCACUAUCAAACAACACUGAGGCCUUGCUGGAGAAUAGCAAACUCUGUCUUGACUAAGACUCCAACCUAACACUUUUUCUUUUUCUAGGUUGUUGCAGCCCAGGUAAACUCAAUGUGUCAUUUCCCCCUGGAAAUCAGUCUGGAACAAGACACAGUUGAUACUGUGCCUAAUUUGCCUGAGUGAACUUUUGAUAAAUUUGACAGCAACAGAAAAACUGAACAUGCACAAGAUUGUCACCAACACACAUUUCCUUGCCUGUGUGGACAAGAAGAUCUGUAAUUCUAAACAAUGUCAAAUAGCACUGCUGAAUUGUUUAGGUGCACUGAGGGUCCAUGCCCACCCAAGGUUAAAGUAAAAUGACAGAACCAAAGGUAGCAUCAGCAGCCCCUCAUCAGUGAUGGUCGAGUACCUCAAUUUUACUGACUUAUGCAAGUUAUAGACCUGCCUCUGAAUGGUGGAUGCUAAUGUACAGUCUCCAUUUAUCUCUCAACAAACACCCAAAACAGAUGAUCUAGUAAUUAAUUGCUCUAUGUGGAAGCUUGCUCUGUACAAAUUAGCUGCAAAGUCUCUUGAAGUUACCACAGUGGCUACAAUCCAACUGCAAUUGAACUGCGAUGUAGAAUAUUAAGUCUUUCUAUAGUUAUGAAAAGAAGAAUGUGAGAGAUGCAGAUUGUGAGGCAGCAAGGAUGCUAUACAUUAGUACUCUGGACACUAUUAUCAUUGGGGUUAUUUAAUAAGGAAUAGUGUGUGGAAAUUUGCCUAGUUUAACCCUUCAUUGGAUGAGACCUUGACAUUAUUUGAAUGCUGUUUGGUUUAAGAGAGCUGUUGAAGCCUUACACACACAUCUGAGCACAAAAUAUAGACAGACACUCCUGUGGAGCACAAAGGCAUUUCUGCAAUAUUGAUGGUUACAUCUUUGAAAGAGACGUUGAACAAAAGCACAGUUAAAAGCAGAUUUUUGAGUCACAAUUCCACUUGUGCUUGUGAGCAAUGCUUUUAUGUUUGCGAUACUUCUUUGCAAAGUAUUUUAAAAUUGAAUAUUUUGACUGUGACCACUCCUCAAAAUUAUUUAAUUUGAGGUGAAGCACAUUGGGAUCUCAUGUUUUUCAUGGCAUGAAAUUGGCAUAGAGUCUCGUCUACUGGGAAUUAACAAUGUAAAACAACAACGGUUAACAACUAAAUCAAACACUCCAUACAGAGAAUAAAUCUCUUCAAGACUUAAAAAAAACUGUGAGCACAUUAUAUGAGGACAAUCUCUACCUUGCAAUGAAGAACACGGUUAUUCGAAGGAAGUGGAGAAUCCGGGGUUGCUCUUCUUUAAAGCAGAAUGGAGAAGGAGAAAGGUCAACUUGAGAUGGCAGUCAAACACUCAUCUCGUCACACAGCUGAAUCAGACAUCAGGGACCAACAGGAACUCCCAGUUAGCCAGAUGGAGAGCAAAAGAUCUGAGAUCAGCGAAUACAAACGCUGCACAAAAAUGUGCCUCCCAGAGAAAGUUUUAACUGAAGGAACAGCAAAACAAGAAACAGAUGAAAAUGGAAGCAAAUAUUCAUACAUCGCACAGGCGACAGGUGUGGGGAACCAGAAGCUCAUUCCCAGUUGUGAGAAGCCGCAGUUUAUUGCUACACCUAACAGUUACAGUAACCAUGCAGAAAGGUUGAGUUUAGAAAGUAUUCCAAAUAAUGUGGCAAAGCUCGUCAAAGGACAACUGCCCCAGUUACAACAGGACCAUGAACUUCAUAAAUAUCCCAGAAGGAAGCGUGGGAAGAGAAAAUCCAAACAUAAGGUCAAGGGGAAGACCAAAGCUUCGCAAAAUCGAUCAAAGACCCCUGAGCAGGAGAGCUGUCCUCCAAUACCAGUUCAAGAAGACGAUGCUGACAACAGCACCUCUGACUUUUGCAGCAGCACUACCAUCAGUGGCAGCAGCUGUUGUGAUCUUGAAAAAGUUCACCUCCGCACAGUCGAGAGAGAUUCUCUUGGGUUCUGUGGGUUAGGUCUGCAGAACCGCUUCCGGGAAGAUGAAAAAAUUGAGAAUAUAUACUAUAAUAUUCAAAACUUGGAAAACACGGUGAAGAAAUCUAAUGUCAGGCCUAUACCCUCAUCAUCAACGAAAAAUAGCGGCCUCAUGCACAAUAUGGCCUUGCCAAAAGUGGCAAAGACUUUCGACUGGAAGUUACACACUGGCUCAGUUCGGCAACCUGAAUUAAACCAGAUUGAUCCAACUGAGACAUUCAAAAAGCAGGAACUUUGUUUGAAAAAUAGUGCAGCUAUGCUGUACAUCAAUGAUGAAGGAGGAGACACUGGAAUAAGGAUUCCUGAUUCAAUCAGUGCAGAAGAGACCUCUCCACCACAGUUCUCUGCCAGUCACAGUGAUGCUAGGAAGGGCUAUGUGAUCUCUGACAGUAUAAUGUACUUGGGAAAUCAUGCACUACAGUGGGAAAUCUACUCGGAUAGGUGGAAACAAAAGGAAAAGUUUCCAGAAACUAAUGAAGGUGUCCUUCAGCAUGAGAAAUUGCAACCUGUGGACUAUCAGUACAAAGAAAACAGGCAAUGGUCGCUCAUCUCCAGCCCUCUGGGUGUUGGAACCUUUGGGGAAGUGUAUGUGGCAAAGGAUCAUUCUACUGAUUUCACCUGUGCUGCUAAAAGGAUUCAUUUGGCUAAUUUCCAGCCACAAGAGUUACUGACCUGGAGCAAGGUUAACUCCCGGCGAAUUGUUCCACUAUAUGGGGGAGUACGAGAGGGGGAAAUGAUCACUCUUUUUAUGCAACUGAUUCAAGGUGGAUCCAUUGCACAGCUAAUAGUGAACAAAGGACCUCUUCCUGAAGCUCUGACUCUGCAUUACACUGGGCAUGUCCUGGAAGCACUGGAACAUUUACACACUCAUGGAAUUGUGCACGGAGAUGUUAAAGCCGACAAUGUGCUGAUAUCGCAGAGGGGUUUGGAGGUUUAUCUUUGUGACUUUGGACAUUCAACGCAAUUGAAAUCAGUGGGCAAGAGCACACCACAUGGCAGUCACUGCUUUGGGACAGUGACACACAUGGCCCCAGAGGUUGUUGCAGGCCAGGGAUUUGGUGUGAGAGCAGAUAGCUGGAGUGUUGCUUGUAUGAUGCUGCACAUGUUAACUGGCUGUCAUCCCUGGAAAAAUGUUUCCACAAAUCAAUUGCUGCUUAAGAUUGUGACACAUGAUCCUCCAGUGGAUGAAAUCCCACCCACGUGCAGUCCACACACGGCUAAUGUCAUCAGGGCUGGUUUGGUGAAAGACCCACAAUACAGAGCUACAGUAUCUGAACUCCAUGCCCAGGUGCACAGAGCGCUAGCCGUACUGCGACAACGGGCUACAGGCGGUUCUCCGACUAAUCCUGUUCAGAAAAUAACUUGUGCUUCUAAGUCAAAUGAUGACGGUUGUGAUGGUGGAGCGACUGCCCUGGCACCGGACCUGAACGGUGGACACUGUACCACAAGAGGCCGGCCUCCUCCUGGAUCAGAGCCAGUGCCAACCAACAUUGACUCAAACAAGCCCAGAUUCUGUUACCUGAAGGGAGGUCCACUCAACGUGGGCAAAAUGGGCUCAGUGGAAACUCUGACCAAGAAAAGUUUGCCACCAGCCUAUCAAAGACGGCCUCGACCCAAAAACCUAAUUCGACUCGCCUGUAACUUUAGCCAGCUGCUUCUGCGUGAUGAAGAGAUUCAGAUCCCUGAGGAAGUGACUGAGCCCUUCAGUGACGAAGAAGAUCUGUCCACUCCCUCACCACUAUUGUCAUUGCCUUCAUUUCAGAAUAACGAGGCAGACAGGAAACUGUUGGAAGAGUAUGGGAACCUGCAGAGAGAAUUUUUACUUUACAACUUAUCGCAAGUGUUUCCGGAAAGGUUGGAAGAUCACAUAUUAGAUGUGUUAAGCAGUGACGCAUACAGCAUAAUGGAAGACUAUGAUAAGGAUUCUCAAAAAGGAAUGCCUAGCCUCAGUGGUAACUAUAGCUCUGGAAUUCAUUCAAUGUCUUGGAAUAGUCUGACUGAUGGCCAUAGUGCCAGCUUUAGUCUCAGUCAGCGACUAGAUCACCAGCAGGACAUGCCAAGUCUUUUCAAUGGAGUUGAAGCUAGAAUCCACACAUUCAGUGGAGAGUGUCUGAUUGUACAUGAUAUGCGAAGAGCUACCGUUGGCCAGGUGGCUACAGGAAUCAGUAAUCUGAUCCAGAUUCCUAGUUUCUCGCUGGUGAAACAAAAUGGGCAUCCUAUUUCCCCAGACUUUGAAAUUCCAGAUUCUGGAAUUGACCUGCGGUGCACUCCAGCUUCCAACUACAGCAAUUCCUGGACCUGGAGGGUUAAGGACGGAAGUCUAAAUUUCAAGUCUUAAUUUAAUUUUUCUGUAUGUAUCUUCUGUAUACUGGGAUGAUAACUCCGAUUUGUUAUUUCAGUCAUCAAAACUCCGAUUUCCUUAACCACUUGGAUCCUCAAACCACGAGGAAAGUCCAAACUAAAACUCAAACCUGGAGUUCUAAAAACUGUUGUUUAUGUUGAAAUUCAGUGUGAAAUUCCUAAUUUAUUGUGUCCUUUUAAAACCUAAAUUGGAUUAUUCAUUACAUACAUUUCUUUAAGGAAAAUAAUUGUUACUUAUUUAGAAACUGUGGAAUUAUGAAGAGUUUCAGAGUAUCUAAUUGUUUGCAAGUACAGGAAAUCCCCGUUUAUAAAUAUGCAAUAUAACACUGGCAAAUAUUAUGCAUCUAAAUAACUGAAUUAUUGGGGCAAUAAAGUUGCUGAGAGUUUGCUAUUGUCAGGCAAAUAACCAUAAUCAAUGGCAAAUAACCAUUCUCAAUGAUACGCUUUGGGGUUGAAUUUCCAUGGAAAGUUACAAGGUGUUUGGUGAAGUGCAUUACAGAGGGCUGGGUAAUCAGAAGAUCAGAAUACAAGAUAAUUGGUUGGGAAAACAUUAGGAGAAAUUUUGCUUUUGUUUUUUUUUUGCAGCUAGUUGUUAUAAUCUGGAAUGCUUUGCCAAAAGGGCAUUGACAGAAGAUUCUACAAUAGUUUUCAAAGAGAAAUCAGGUCAUCACUUGAAAGAAAAAAACAUUGCAGGAGAUCUUUUGUAUGUGUGGACUAGUUAUAAGCUGUUUCAAAGAGCACAGAUGAGGGGCCAAAUGGCCUCCUUCAUUACAUGACUCUCCGGUCAUCUGCAAUAGUAGUAUAACAAGCACUCUAAGAUGGAACAACAAAGGGUUCCAUUGGCAAUGGUGCAGUGAGGACUGGUUGCAAUGGUGAAACAGUUCUACAACUGUAAAACUAACCUUCAGAAACCAGGCUGUGCCAUUACCCUUGUGUGAUGCUUAGUAUUUGCUGGUUCAGAUUCCACACCUCAGUGACUUAAAUACACUUUCGAAAAUUACUAUUUAUUCAGUUUGUGCAAAUGGGUUUUCAAAAGCAGUUUGACCUAAUGCUUGCUUUCAUUUUGCUGUUUCAAUUAUAAAUUUUACAAUAACUUCCAGUUAUGUUUUAGUAUUAUAGGUUUUGAAUGUAACUCCUUUAGAUUGUCCUUGGUGUCAGAGGAACAGAAUCACCUUCAGUUGAUUCCAAAAUAGAAGUCAACAGAAGGAGAUAAUACACUGGACAUUUUGAGAUAAGCUAAGCGUAUUGACUUUCUGGCCACUUCUCGCUGUUCUUGCCACUGAUACAGUUAUCAACCUUGAUAGGUCAGAGUUCGGUUGUCUCGAUGGUUUUAUUUUUUCUCCCCAUUCAGUUGAGUUGAGGCUGCUCAAGCCUUUCACAACGUAGUGUUCAGUGGGAAUGUAUCAGGUCAUGUGGGCCGUGGAGGCUGAAGAGCAAACUGUUGGCCACCAUGUGGAGUCUGUCAUCCCAUUGAGUGUGGCAAGGGGUGAGCUAAUCCACCUUGUGUGGGGUCAUGGUGAUGCAUUCUUUCCCCAUGAAAAACAUUACUUUGUGUCAGCUGUGGUACAAGAUGGUGACGAUGCCACUUUCUGCAUCCUGACCACCUGUCCCUUCCAAGAGGCAGACCAUUGGGGAAACUAAGCUGCCGCGGGAUAGGAUGAGGGAAGACUAACUCAAAGGUCUCACCUUUUUAGGAGAAUAAAAUAAUGAGAGGCCAUAUUUUAUUUUAUUUUUUGUGUUCUGUGGAAGAACCAAUAUAUUAAAGAUUCUCAUGACAGAUGAAUCAUUGAGGAUCACUACAGAUGUGCAGCUUUGGUUGACUGGGGAAGACUCACUAUCCCCGUACAUGUCCAGCCAAAUGAGAAUGAUCUCUUUGCCACUGGUCAGUUCUAAAGGGAUUUUCAUUGCUGGAAAGUGCUGAAGUGAUUUGACCAAAUUAAUUUUAAUAUGAAAAAGGCCUCCCUGGAGCUAUCUUUAAUAAGAAAUAAGUGCAUGUUAAUAUAGAGUAAGAUUCCUAUCUUUGGCAUUAUGAAGCAUUACUACGAGUUGUGGAAACUGAGUGUGUUUUCUAUUUCCUGGGAUUUAUGUCAUUCCUGAGAUUAGUAUGGGACUUUAUAACUUGUGCAAUCUCAGAAUUGUAUUUUGUAAAAUGAAACAAGGGCUGGGCACUGGGACUUGAAAGAAUACCUCUAAUAUUACCAGUCUGCAAGACCACUUUGAAGGUUCUUGUGUUUUACUCUGCCAUACCUGAGACAGUUUAUAAACUUUGGGGUUAUGUCACAGGUCUGGUUUGAACUGAAAUUAAAGUAUUGCUAGUUUCUCCUGAAAAUCAGAACGGUCAGUUUUGAAGUCAUCAAACAGCAUGGCUGAAGUGAAUUUGAGUCAAUGAUGAUGGCGAGUGUGCAUGCCUCAACUAAAGUCUGUUGGCUCACUAUUAAAAGAAAAUUAAUAAAAAGACUGGUCAUCAGUAUAAUCUGCCAUAAUGUCCAUUAGCAGCUAAUAACAGUCCUCCUUUCCCAGGAUUGAGUUUGAUUGCUAAUCAUUUAUAUGGAUCUUUUCUCAUAUAAUAUUUUUAAAUAUAUAUAUUUUGAAGUUGUAUUUUUUGAAUGGGAAAUAUAAUUAGUGUUAUAAAUAAUAUAGCUUUUAAUCAGAAGCAGGACCUUUGCUGUACUGAAGGAACUUAUGUCAAGGACUGGAUUUUUGUGGAGUCAGGGAAAAUGCUGGGCUGGACCCAAACGUGGUAGUUCCACCCACUUUUCCAAAGGUCCAAGUCUUGUAGUGUGGUUAGUUGGAUUGAUAGAGGCUAGCCUCGGUAUGUGGUAAAGGAUAGGUUCCAACUAAGAUGGACAGUUUGUGUCCUAAUAGGAAGGGAUAUUUGUGAGUAAGAAACUUUAAGGAGAAUUCAAACAUUUUGACUUCAUAAUUAAACUUUACUGAUUGGCCAAUAAUGAAUAAACAGCAUAGAGAGUUAAUACCAGUCAUUUUCAGUAUUUUAAUGCCUUUAUUUAUGCAGCACAUUUUAUAAUCUGGAAAGUAUGGUGGUAGCAAAUUCAAUAACUUCAAUAGGCAGUUGAAGAAAUACUUGAAGGAGGAAAGAUUAUGAAGAAAGAGCAAGGGAGUGGAAUUAAUCAGAUUAUUUUUUCAAGAGCCAGCACAGACAUAAUGACUUCCUCCCAUGUGACGAUUUUAAACUGUACAGAAAAAUUCUGUUUAAAAAAAAAAUCUCACAACACCUGGUUAUAGUCCAAUAGGUUUAUUUGAAAGCACUAGCUUUUAGAGCACCGCUCCUUCAUUAGGUGGUUGUGGAGAAUAAUUAACUUUGUCCACCCUAGUCCAAUGCCAGCACCUCCAAAUCAGAAAAAAAUCUGUAUUUAGUUAAAGUAGUUGAAUAUGUAACAUUCUCAAUUCAUCACCUGAUAUUGUUCCCAGUACUGAUGUAUCUAUAAUUAUCUUCUGCCUGUUGGCAUAAAGCUCACAAGCCAUACUUGAAACAUAUAUUUGGAAGGGCAGGGGCACUAGAAUCUUUUGCAUAUCUAAAAUAGAUGUAUAGCUUGAGAGGCUCCCACUCCUAUUGUUAGGUCUUUAUUAAAAUGCUGGUGACAACAUUACUGUGACUCUAGAGUUUAUAAUCUGGUUGCGCACACUGGUGUUAGUGCCACAUUUCAAGUCUUGUGCCCUUCCCUAUGCUUUUAUUGAAUGUGUCUUAAAAUGAUGAUGCAACUGAUUAAUGAAUGUAACUUUUUUUUGAUGAUUGUGGUAGCAAUAACAAAGUAGCUUGUACUUUUAUUCAGGGGAUAUUCAUGAUAAGCUUAUUUCAUUAAUGUGAACAAAGGAUAUUUUGAAAUGAGUUAAAUGUAAUUUUUUUGCCUUGAAGUAUCACUUUGCACAAUAUCAUUGAUUUGUACCCAGGUGAAUUAAUAAAGCAUUUUUAAAGUUGUA